CAUCCCUCCGCUCGGGAGAAAAACAACAAAACAACAACAACAUUAUUACAAGCCAGCCCCAGCGCGCUUCCCAGAUAGAAACGGAUAUGUACUACCCGUGACACUUCUGUGCUGCCCUUUGUUUUUUGUCAGUUCACUCCCUCAAAGUAAGAGGGAGAUUUGGGGGAUUAUUUUUCCUGCGGGGCCGCGGAGGAGAAUUGCAGCGGGAGGGGUGGUGAGGUGUCCAAGAUGGCGGCGCCCUGUGGAGUGGCGGAGUGUUAAGAGCGGUGUCUGCAUGCUGUGUGUCGGUGGCCAGCUGUGGAACCUGCUGCAGGCAGACUGGACUCUGGCGGAGUGAAGAUCGAGACUCCCAAGCCUCUAACAGAGAGACCCUGAACCCCAGUCCCUCUCUGGACCCCCUGCUGCAGACAGACAGAGAGAGAGAGAGACGAUGGCGAAGGAACAGCCCAGCUUAGUGGAUCUCCUCCAUCUCCUGGAAUCCUCAGACCUGCACGAACUGGAUGAAAUCAAGGAGAUUCUCAACAACAACCUCAGCCAAGACAGAGGGUCCCUCCUCCUGAACAGUCUGGUGGAUUAUUACCUGGAAAGCAGCUCCGCUCAGGCUCUGCACAUCCUGUCCUCUGUGAGGGAGCCCCAUGAUAAGCACCUUUUUGACAAAAUGAACGAAUGCAUGGCGAAGCCAGCCUGCCGCUUGGCCACUCUCACACUGCUGGGUCACGUCAUCAGAAAGCAACCGUCCUGGAUCCACAAGAUCUCCCGGAGCCCUGUGCUGCCGUCGCUGCUCAAAUGUCUCAAGACCGAUGGCGACGCUGUGGUUCUCAUAACUGGAGUCCUGGUGCUAAUUACCCUCCUGCCCAUGAUCCCUCAGGCUGGCAAACAGCACCUCUAUGAGUUCUUCGAUAUCUUUGGACGCCUGGCAGCCUGGAACAUGAAAAACCCAGGGCACAUCCCGGAGGUUUACCUGAUCCACCUGCAUGCCAGCGUGUACGCGCUCUUCCACCGUCUCUACGGCAUGUACCCCUGUAACUUCGUCUCUUACCUGCGCUCGCACUACAGCAUGAAGGAGAACGUGGAGACCUUCGAGGAGGUGGUCAAGCCCAUGCUGGAGCAUGUUCGUAUACACCCCGAGUUAGUGACUGGGACCAAGGAUCACGAACUGGACCCAACUAGGUGGAAAAGGUUUGAAAUCCACGACAUUGUUAUCGAAUGUGCCAAAGUGUCCCUCGACCCCAAGGAGGCCUCCUGCGAGGAAGGCUACUCCACCAUGCCGGAGCAUUUCUCUACGCACGUCCAGCACCGGCAGGCGGACCCCACUGCCAGCCCUUUCACUGACCUCCAAAGCAGUUUCGGGAGUUCAUCCUCAACCCCCUUCUCGACCCCUCUGCUGGCCUUGUCUCAGCUCUCAGGGACCCAGCCCCCGUACCGCAGCCCCCAGACGUCCCGCCGCCUGCCUGAACCCAGCCAGGAACUCUUCUGGAGCCCCUCCUCUGUGUGCGGGAUGGCUACACCGCCCUCCUCCCGGGGGAUCUCUCCCACCAGCACCCCCUCGGAGCUGUCCCACAGCGCCUCCCACCUGCCCGGCCGAGCACAAAGCACCCUGGCCGGAGGCAAAGGCACCCCUUCUUGUAACACACCAGCCACCUCCUCUCCCCCGCCUCUCAUUUCAGACGAGUUUGAGCACAUCUCCCUUCCCCCACGAGCCGCCUCUCCAACACGCAAGAAUGGAAAGGCAGAUUCCUGGAAGCCUGGCCUGACGAGACAGGAGAACAUCAGAGACUCGGAGAAAGGGACCUCGGACGAAGCCAAUAACCUAGGUGGGGAGAGCGAGAACUUAAAGACUGUGACUCUGAAUGAGCUGCCGGAGUUCAUCAAGGAGCUGGAGCUGGAGCAGGACCAGCGGAAACUGGAGGAGCGGGAGGAAGAUGCCUUCACGGAGGAGCUCUACGAGAUCACAGCAGCCAAGCGAGAGUCCCCGACUCUCAGGGGCGGCUUCGACUCUCCCUUCUAUCGCACGACGGAGACCCUGACCGGCAACCAGAAGAAGCCUGUGGCUCACCCAGCCCCGAUGGCAGCGUCGAGCUGCGGGCAGAACACCAACUCCACCCCGGACAAGCAGGCAGGGCAGCCAGUGGGGGGCCAGGAGCCCUGCUUCUUCAAGCCGGUCUUUACCCCCAUCGAGGGGCCCCUCCAAGAACCCUUCCGCAGCCACUCCCCCCCAGCUGCGGAUGAGGGCAACAACCAGGGCAAGUACAGCCUGUUCACCCCCAGCCCCUGCAAGGCACAAGCAGCCCCCUACGAGCCCCUGUUCGACCUGGCGCUGCCCAAGGCCGCCGCGCUGUUUGUGGGCAGGAGGACGGCGGAGGCGGUGCGGAGGGCUGGGGCGGAGCGUCUGGUGGAGGAGGAGGAGGAGGAGGAGGAGGGGGAGGCAUCGACCUCCCCUCUGGAGGUGCUGGACCGUCUCAUCCAGCAGGGCGGCGACAUGCACGUCAAGGAGCUCAAGAGGUUACCUUUGCCAAGCAAGUCAGCUGACUGGACUCACUUCGGAGGCACCGCCCCGGUGGAUGAGCUGCAUACCCUGCGCAGUCAGCUGCUCCUCCUGCACACUCAGCUACUGUACGAGCGCUACAAGAGAGAGCAGCAUGCGACCCGCAAUCGCCGGCUGCUGCGCCGCAUCAUCAAUGCCACCGCGCUGGAGGAGCAGAACGCAGCCAUGAAGGACCAGCUGAGCCUGCAGGAGGUGGAUAUGCAGUCUCUGAAGGACAGCCUGCAGGAUGAGCAGCUCCGGUACCAGCAGCAAAGGGAGGAGCAUGAGAUGAUGGUUUCCCGGCUGCACAGCCAGACCAAGCAGCUGCAGCAGGGUCGUGACGAGUACUACGCCAAGAGCCAGGAGCUGCAGAGUAAAUUGGUGGAGUGCCAGAAAGAGAUGGGGAUGCUGAGGGCAGAAUUACAGAAAGCCAACAAAAAAGUGUGCAACAAAGGACACCUGCUGAACCUGCUCUCACAGAAGCUGACCAGCAGCGAGACGGUCCAGCAGCAGCUCGAGUUCCUGAACAAACGGCUCCUCCUCCUGGGAGAGGUCAACGAGCUUUACGCGGAGGAGCUGCGGCACUCGAACCCGGACAACACAAAGGAGGUGGAGAUGAUGCAGGCGUCCCACAAGAAGGAGCUGGACAAGAUGAAGCAGAGCGCGGUGCAGCAGAGCCAGCGGCUGGAGGCGGCGCAGAAGCGCAUUGCGGAGCUCGAGUCACAGCUUGCCAAGAAGGAGCACCUCUUACUGGAGCAGAAGAAGUACCUGGAGGACGUCAAGACCCAGGCCAAGGGCCAGCUGCAGGCGGCGCAGAGCAGGUACCAAGCUCAGAGGCAGAUCACCCAGGUGCUGGAGAAGGAGAUGCUGGAGCUGUACAGCUGGCUGGAGAGGGAGGGAGUGCCACAGAAACCAGGAGCAGCGUCAUGCAGUACAGGGGCAGGAGGGGGAGAGACCGAGGCCUGCAUGCCCACUGACUCCAGGACAGACGGCAGUGCUGCAGUGUCGAUGAAACCAGGGGUCCCUGACGGUACAGCCAGCGGUCAAGCUAAUUCACCGAAGGCCAGCAGCAGCACUUUAUCGCACGGACAGCAGCAGCAGCUGCUGCAAGCUUCGUCGACGGCAGGCAGCGGCUCUGUGAACGGCAGCCGGCAUCCACCCAUCGUCCUGGAGCCUUCCCCCUCUCACUCCUCCUCGUCCUCCUCCGUUGGCGACAUCCCGAUCACCGUGGGCUCCUACCCCAGCGCCAAGAGCUUCCUAGGCAUGCGGGCCCGCGAGCUGUUCAGGAAUAAGAGCGAGAGCCAGUGCGACGACGACGAUGGCCCGCGCCUGGCCAGCCUCGCCCAGUCGCUGAAGACUGACCAGUGCGUGGAGCCGUCAGCAGCAGAGGGAGUGGGCCAGGGCCAGGGUCAGGGGAGGGGGCUCCCAGCCAAGGAAGAGCAGACUGCCGGACAGCAGAGAGCGAAUCAUCGGGAGCGGCAGAGGCAACAGCAGCUGCGGAUCAUGGACUACAAUGAGGCACAUCAUGAGCACAGUUAGAGCUCUGAGAGCGAGCUGGAGAGAGAAAGAGGGGACUCAGUGUUAUUAUUCUCAUUCCCUGAAUGGACAGCAGGAUUUGACCCUUAAUGCAUCCCUGACCCCCAUUGCACUCAUCCCCACCCUAUCCCUCUUCAUUAUCGCAGCUGAGUAAGAGUAAAAUGCAGCCAGAAGCGGUUGGGUUGGGUUGGGUUUGUUAGGUUGCUGUUUCGAGGUGGCUACCGGUCUAGCAUCAGUGACAUGGAAGGGUGUGGGGCGAAGAGUUAAUGGUUAAUAAUAAAAAAGAAAAGAUUUUAUAUUGUAUAGCGCUUCACUGCGUUUACCAUCAAAAGUGCUUUUCAAAAAUUCAAAAAUAAAAUAAAAACUUACCCCCCCCCCCCCCCCCACCCCCCUGCUUUGGCUAACCAAAAAUAAAUACAAAAACAAUACACAAAAAAAUACAAAAGAAAAUAAAAAAACCAACAAAAAAAACAAAGUAUAAACUAUAAGAUGAACCCCAGUUAGACUGGGACUCGUCUGGAACGGAUCGGACUGGGGAUCUGAGCAGCAGGCUUGUUGGGUCUCUUAGUGACACAGGAGACUACAGAUUUUGGGGAUAGCGCCGUGCUGUGUCCACAGGACUUUGUGUUGGAAUCGUGCAUAUCUGCACAGCGCCCCCUGGUGGUGCGGUGCUCAAGUGAAGUAUCAAUAAUAAAUCAAAGCUCUAGAAAGAAAACACAACAGAUGUCAGUCUUUCUAUUUUAUUCAGUUUUUUUCCUUCUUUAUUUGGACUAACUCCCUUUCCCAGUCUAUUAGACUCCUCUUAAAGAGGUGUUUUCGAAUGUAAAAACGAAUCUAACACUGCUGAAGCGGUGUACGAGUGAGCACAUGCCCGUACAGUAUUUUUUCAUUGGAGCCACUGUGAUUCGGUUGCCAAAGUGAUACCUGCAGCAUAAGCUUCUGCCUGGAGCAAAACAUGCCCAGGUCUGAUUUCUGAAGUUCUCGAUUAAAGUGCCAAGUAUUCUUCAAGUUGCUAGAAGUAUAACGUGUGAAUGGUUUUUGGAAGGUAAAUAAGUGUCUAAUAAUUUUAAGAAUGCUAGUAAUCAGCAGAAUAAGCUCAAUCCUAACGUGUGGUAUUACUAACUUUCACUAGGUUGAUAUAUUAUUUUUUUCUUGCCUUAAGUUAACGAUAUUAUAGAUGAUCCCAUUUAAUUCAUUUCAAACCCUCCUGGCUUCAUACUGGGCUGUGCUUGUGCUCAGUUAGGCAGGGCGCAGGCAGGUGAAGUGGCCCACUGGCUCUGCUCCCCCACCUACCUUUGAAGCUAAUGCCAUUCCUGCUUCGCCCCAGUCCUUACAUUGAUGCACAGUCACUUUAGACGGGGAGUCUGUAUUAACACAGAGUGCAUUCUGUCAAUAAGGAAAGGUUUGAAAUACGAUUCCCAUAGCAGAUUGUCCCGUUCCAGGGUUUACAGCUCAGAGCUCAAUUGCUACUGGCGCUUAUGACUGCUGUGACUAAUCCAAUAGUAACAGACAGAAUUACACUGCAGCGCAAUGGGGUGAGGGAGAGGCGCAGGGGAAGUAUAAUAUACUAUAGAAAUAAAACACGCAGAAACAUGUGCCUCUUAUUGAGCAGAAUGUGAUUGAUUUCUUUUGGCUUUAUUAUUUUUUUAUUCUAUGGCUUUGAGAUCCACUCGGGGCAGAUGCAGUGCCGGUGGUCUGAAGGACAUGGAAACUCAUUUUAGUUGACUUUAAUUUGCUUUAAAAUUGUGCUCAGAGUCUUUCUCAAGCAAUCUGUAUAAAAUGUUCUAUAUUAAAUAUGUUUACGUUGAACUAGCUUCUCUAAACGGGCAGAUAAGAGAAUUGAAAUCAUGCUGGUAAAAAAUUGCAGCGCUUUUAAGACAAAUUAAGGGCUAAAACAUUUUUUUUUUCUUUUGCACACAUAUACAGCUAUGGCCAAAUGUUUUGCAUCACCCUAUAGAAUUAACUAACUUUGCUUCAUAAAGGCGAAUGAAACCUGCUGAAUAAUGUUACUUUAACAUUUUGAAUUACAUACCGCUUUGUAGUUUUUCCAUAGACAUAAGGAGAAACUGGCAAAAAUCUCACAUGAAAUACUGUACUACUAUCAUGGCUUCCGGUAGACUCUUACAAUAACAUUUUGUAGUUUCUUUGGUUACAUGAUGUUAAAUAAAAAAUCUAAAUUAUGUUCAUAAAGUGUCUCAGUCCUAAAAUUCUAGGUGAUGCCAAACUUUGGCCAUAGCUGUACAUACAUACAUAUACAUGCAUGCAUGCAUACAUACAUAUAUACAUACAUGCACACAUACAUACAAUAAUCAGCUUGCGUUCAACCUCUAAACCUCUGUUGUGGUGAUGUAAUAAUCAAACAUUACGAAAUGCAUUAUCGCACUUCUCUCUAGAGGGUUCAGCGUAAAGCACCCAGUGUUAUUUAGACAAUCCAGCUAAGGCACUGGGUUUAAAAUCCCUUAACAAGGCUUUAUUCCAUUGUGGUCUCGAUGUACAGCGCUCGCGUUUUGAUUGAAGGAGCGCGUUUCAGUUGUGCCACACCAGCAAUGCCACAGAACCUCCUGUUCACUUAUAAGUGUGACUGUUGCCCUCCCACAUGCACGGCACAGUGCCCCCAUCAAGCACUGCUCUUCGUCCAGGCAACAUCCAAAAGUAUUGCUUCGAGCCAACGUUGCUGAAAUCUGUGUACAAGUGCCAAGCUAAAUGCAAUAGGAUUCAUCGUUACCCAGUAGUAUCUGAUGACACAGAUACGCUGGUUCGAAGAUGCGAAACAAGCAUCCUUGUUUGUUUUUGGUUUUAAUGAAAUGUGAUUGAAUGGCGUUAACCCACCUCUGAUUCUAACCUCCUCUUGCUGCAAUGGCAGCUUCACGUGUAUGCUGCAGUUACUCCGCCCCUGACCCAGGGCAUGUCGCACUACCCUGUGGUGCUCGAACAUGUCCUUCCUAAUCCAAAGCAGGCAUAUUCGGCUGGUCCCUGUUUUGAAGGAGCUUGGUGAAUGUUAUGCCCAACUUCAGACUUCUCCAAUAGGGAAAUCUGGGCAUAGGAAAACCAGACUAUUGAAGGGAAAUGGUCUCUUUUUAAAUACCCCCCUUUUAACACUACCCCCCCCCCCCAUUUAAAACCGCCAUACGGUGUGUUUGACUUUGCUCUGCUUCCCAGUUACUUGACCUAAUGUCUGGGUUUUUUUUUUACGUUGGCUAAAAUCAACAGUCUACCAGUCAAACGCCCAGGUGGUAGGGUGACUGAUCCACACAGCGUCGUCCAGUUGAGAUUUAUUUGGAACUAAGCGGUUCUGUGUUUGCGAUUGCCUGUUCUCUCCUGGUUGCAGGAUGCUAACCCCCCCCCCCUUUCUGUCCCCUUAGAAACUUGAAAUAAAAGCGAGACAGCUAGCUGUCAAUGGUUCAAACAAUGCCAUUAUCUUUCAGAAGUGGUUAUUAUACAUGAUAUCGUACUGUUGGUGAUCACAAGCUGUUUUGAAAGGGUUAUGAUUCUGUGGGAUAGAUUCUGAAAACCUGGCAGCAGGUCAGCGUGCACAAAGUCUACAUAUAAUACAAAUCCUGUUGUCCGCUUGGGGUUUAAGACUUUGCCUUGCUAUCAUAAGCAUGUACAACAAUCCACUUCAAAUGCAAAUAACAUUUACAGACUUGCAAAGAGAACCAAUCUGAUACAAUCGGAGUGAAAGAAAGUUCCAUCUCCUUUUUCAGUAGAAUGUUCUGAACAAACAAACCAUUCUAAAUGUAAAAGAAAAAAGCAGUUGCUUGUGUUUAACUGUGAACAAAAAAUAAAAAAAUCAUCUUCAAUGUUUUGCACUA